AUGUCAAUCUCCACCCUUCCGCCAUCACCCAUCCCUCUUCUAACGUCGGUCGCGUCAUACAGACAAUGGCGACAGAGAGUCUUCGAUGAGGGGAAAUCUGUGGGCAUCGUGCCGACCAUGGGAGCUCUUCACGACGGACGUCUGUCUCUUGUUCAGAGGUCACUGGCCGAAAAUGAGCUCACAGUUCUUUCCAUCUUCGUGAACCCAGCCCAGUUCGCCCCGCAUGAAGACCUCGCCACAUACCCUCGCACCUUACCAGGAGACCUGGAGCUCCUUACAGCACAGCAGGUUACUGUGGGCGAGACUGUGAGGAAAGCCUCUGCCAUAUUUCCACCCUCGGUCCAGGACAUGUAUCCAUCUGGUAUAAGCCAAGAUGUUUCAACACAAAAGGGAGCGUUCGUCAAGAUGAAGGGAUACGGACAUCAGAUGGAAGGCGCAAGCAGGCCGACAUUUUUCCGAGGCGUGGUGACAGUUGUAACCAAGCUAUUCAACGUGGUCCAGCGUACAAAUGCGUAUUUCGGUCAGAAAGAUAUUCAGCAAGCUUUACUUCUUCGGAGACUUUGCAAGGACCUGCUUUUCCCACACCCCGAAGCUGACCAUGUCCAUAUUGUCCCCACGACCCGUGACCCGAACGAUGGGCUUGCUUUAUCGUCCAGAAACGCAUAUCUCUCUGCAAAUGAGCGGAAAUUUGCACCUGCGAUUUACAAGGCCUUACAAUAUGCCAGGUCCGCGUGGUCGAACGGCGAAUCCAAGGACCGAUGUGUUUCAAAAGCUGUCUCUGUCAUCGACGAAGUAAAAGUACAGGCUGCUAUGGAUGGAAUGGAUAUGCGGCUGGAUUAUAUAGAGAUGAAUGAUUCGGAGACAUUCGACGUCUUGGACGUGUCUUCGAACCAUCAGUUAGCAGGAGAUAUACCUGUGAUUCUGAGCGGUGCGCUAUGGGUUGGGAAGACCAGGUCGAUUGACAGUAUCGUAGUUGGUGACCUCAAACGUAUAAUAAGAUAGCUCACAAAUAGAUGCGGGUGUGGCAAGAUUAUUAAUUGCUGAAGCGCA